CGGAAAUGGGUUAGGAAUGAAUAAACGUUAAUUGAAGUCAAUGACAAGAAGAAGAAGAAGAAGAAGAAGAAGAAGCAGAAGAGAUAGCCAGCUUUGUACCAUUAAUGGUCCAACGUUUCUAGAAGACGUUUCUAAUUACUUGUAAGAUGCCCACCUCAAGCCAAGCAUUAAUUCUACUCAAUGUAGACAAUCCGAAUCCUUUAGACCAGCAUAUACCCCAGAUCAACCAGUUCCAGUCGUCUGUAAGGAGAAAUUCUGACCACACAAACCAGCCACUGAAUUCUUCUCCAGAGAGUUCUCCAUAUUGCCUUCAUCGGUUAUCACCCUCCAAAUCAGAAUAUUUUGGUCCCACCAAAUGUAACCCUACUUGUUCGGCCGACAAUAUGCAACCCUCCAAAACUUCUUUAUAUUCUUCUCUAGAGUUCUUGUAUCAGCGUGAGCCCUCGACUGCUAUUCAGAAACAUGAUCCGACAAAAGCAUCAUUGCGAAUCAGUAACACAAGCUCUUUGUCAGGCAGAAACAUAUUUGAUCCAAAACUUUGUUGCUCCAGGACAGAUGAUAAAAAUCUAAUUUAUUUGAUGCCAAAGACAGCUCAACUCCAUUAUUUCACCGCUGGUCGAUAUUUUUCCCGUCUGCCGCGAUCCUUUACUGAGAAUUCAUUCUAUGAACAACGUUCUUACAAUCAAAGUCAAAUGAACUUGACAAGUGAUCAAAAUCCCGUAGAAGUAGUAAAACCUGUUCUUGAAAUUCGCAAAUCUCAACAAUUUCACAAGCCAUUACAGUCACUGAAUGCUCUGCACAAUAAUAUGACAUUGAUGUCUCUAAAUACAGACAGUUAUCAACAGUCUUCAAUUGAUUCUCUCUCUUCUUAUGAAGAAAAUGCUAAUAAUUUAAUCCAGCGCUUGCGUAGUCUUGGUUUUCGACCUUACGGAACUUGGAGUUCCGAUAAUAGAGAUGAAAAACAGACGAUAGCGAAAGAUUUUACCGCCAACGAAUCAAUAAUUCCGAUUUCAUGUAGAGAUGCUGCUGAAAAUGAUAUAAUCUCCGAAAAGAUUUAUUCUUUAAAUGGAAACAAAGUUGGUCCAAGAUGCUUGCAAGUGAAAAUUGCAACCGGACUUUCUGUGAGUGAAGAAGAAAUUAAAAAACAACUAAUGUGGUACGAUGAGAAUGGUAUCGAACAAGAGAAAGUAGAAAAACUUGUAUCUGAUAUAAAAUCGAAACUGCGUAGUAAAAAGACGAAAGCUCCGACAAUCCGUAUGCGUAAGACGCUUCCAGAGUCACAGCCGUUGACCAUUUGCUUUGCUUGUGACUCUGACCUUCAGAUAACUCAUGAAGAUAUUAAACGUGAAUUAGAAUCUCAGUACCCCGAGGUUAUGCUACUCAGUCUUCGAUUCGAUCCCGUAUCAGUGGCUGUUGGUAACUCUCAUACGAAAAAUAGAUGGGUUGUUUGUGUAAGUAACAAUGAAGACUUCCAGUCGUUAGUAAAAGGUGGCGUAACUAUUGCAGGAAGUGAUCGAAUCACAGUGAAACCGUUCGAUGCUGUAAUGUUAGAGGAACACAACGCUUAUAAACUCCACCAAUAUGUGAAGGAAGCGAAAGCUAUGAUUGCGAGAUCGAAAGAUGAACGCACGAAACAAGCAAAGAAACUAAAGAACAAAAGAAUAAAGUUUAAAAUAAAAGUCACGUGAAUAUAGAACGCCAUUCGACUACGACCAUGCUGAGUUACAGUAUUCAUGAGAUUUUAGCUGAUUACAUCAAUCCCAGGGCUUCGUAUGGUAAUUAUAUCAUUGCUCUUGUACCGAACCCAUAACAAACUGACCUAGGCAUGAGAGAACGUAACUGGGACAGUUAUUAACUAACAAAUAUUUGCAUCAAAAUGAGCACAAGGUAAAAUUAAUUCCUCGGAACAGUAACAUUUACUCUCAGUGAAAAUAAAUACACUUGUUGACUCGAAUAAAAGAGAGAGAGAAAAAAAUAAUAAAGUUGAUAA